AUGAAUCAACAAAUACAAAGAAUAAUUUUUUUAGAACUUUUUAAUGAUAGGUUAUAUAGUUUUAAAUGGAGGUUAUCAUUGAAUUUAGUUUCAAAGAAAUGGUUCGAGUUCAUGCAAUCUAGUGUUGCUUUGUCGUUCAAGUUGAGAUGCAGUUAUAAAUUAGAGUAUGGAGUUAAAAUGGUAGAUAUUGAUUUAUAUCGUUUGAUAUCGGCAACCUACCAGCUAUUGGAUUUCGAGUUUCAACCUUUCAUGUCAUUAUAUAGUCAAGCUUUGGAGAUUUUUGAUCGAGUUAUCAUAGAUUGCUACCAUGGAAGCAAUGCUAAACUCGAAGAAGUAUCAGUAGGCUUCAAUGCUGAGGAUGCAACUUUAUCACCAAUCCUUUUGAACUCAAACAUUACGAAACUAGUUAUUUUUGAUCAUAAGUACAGUCAUACACUGGAAACAUCAAGUAUUCUCACUCAAUACACUCAACAAUUCAAAAGCCAACAACCAAGUGAAAUGAUCAAUCGAUCGUUAAGAAAGUUGGUUAUCAAUGAGAGAAACGAGUUGCAAACCGACCUAGAUAAAUACACUAUUAGGUUGAAUCCAACUAAAUACCUAGGUAAUCUACAGCACUUGGAGAUACCAAUGCUCGCUGGUACUCACCAGAAUCAGUGUAUAAAGACACUCGGUAGUUCACAAUUAUCUUUGUUUGGUUUGAAACUUACAGCGCCCAUAACAAUGGAGAAUGCUACUACCGAUCUUUUGUUUAACCAACUCUUCAAUAUCAACAACAAUAAUAAUAAGAAUCGACUACGUAGCUUAACAAUCAACGAGACAAUAUGUAGUUCAAUCAGUGAUAUCGAGCAUUUUAUGAAACAUUUGCAAUCAAACAAUCACUCUAUCGAUGCAAUAUCGAUAGAGGUCAAAGAUAACAUGGAGAAACCAUCGCUGGUCAACAUGCUGUGGCAAUCUUCACAAUACAUUCAUAGCAAAACUAAGAAUGUUGAAUUUAUAAACUUAUCAACAACAUAUCAUUUCAAUCAAGAACUAAACUAG